AUGUCUUAUUGGUUUAAAACUGUUCUUAAACCACAUGUUUUUAAUUGUAAAAAUCAAUCACAUUGCAAGUAUCGUUGCCAAUGUUGUGCACCCGCAUUUUCAAUUCAAUCACAUCAGCGAUGCUCCACUGUUUGUCCACCAUUAUUUGUUGAUAGUUUUAGUAAACGAUCAUUUCGUUCAGAAAAUUUUCGAUUAUUCUAUGAACGUGGUGAUCUUCCAUGUACUAUUCAUCAUACAACAAAAGGACAAUCUUUAAAGUGGUUUAUUGAUAAUUUAGAAACAUUAAAUAUUGAUUAUUAUUUGCCCAUCUUUACUGAUGGAUUAUGUGAAAUAAAAUAUCCAUAUAGUUUUAUUGCUUUACAAGGUAUUUUGGAUUUAAUUGAACAUGCUUCACAUAAGAUUGAUAUCGAAAGUCUUUCAAAAAUAAUUUUACCACUUAAACGUGCUCUAUAUACAAAUGAUCAAAUUGUUAUUAGCCGUGUUUUGAUUGUUCUUCAAAAAUUGGCUCGUGGUAAUGACGGUGCAAUAGGUGUUGCCUUAGUACCUUAUUUUAAUCAAAUUUUACCUAUGAUUAAUAUUAUAAAAGAGCGUAAUCAAGGAAAACUUCAUCAAAAAAAACCACAAUGUAAAAUAGUUGAUGACUAUGAAAAAGAUAUUCCCAAUGAACUUGUUCGUCUUAUUGACAAGACGUUGCUUAUACUCGAGCAAUACGGUGGACAAGAUGCUUUUAUUAAUAUCAAAUUUUCAAUACCGACUUAUGAACAACAAGCUGAUGUAAAAACAUUAUCUACUCCUCAAAUCAAUGCAAUGUUACAACCAUUUAUGGAGAGUUAA